AUGGCUUCAUCAGAUUAUGAAUAUGAUCGUGAAUGGAAAAACAUCUUGCCCAUAGGCUUCCAAUUUGUGCCAAAAGACGAAGAACUGUUUAUGUAUUUGAGACUUAAGAGUUGUAAUGGUAACAUUCCACCUGGGAUUUUCACUGAUCUUGAUAUUUAUUACUAUACACCUCAGGAGCUAUUUGCAAUUGGGAAUGUUGAAAAACAUUGGGGUGGACGUAUGUACAUCUUUACUCCAUUAAUAAAGAAGUAUAGCAUAGGAGGAAAAAUGCAGAGAACUAUACAUUCAGGAAAAGGUUUUUGGAAAGCCUCACAAGCACGUAAGGCAAUAUCCAAAAACCGUAAUCUUGAUAAGCAGAUGUGUGAGUCUAGCUUUACAAAACAAUCCCUUGUCUACUACGAAGGUUCGAAGAGUGCAAGUGGCAAAAAAACUUCUUGGCUUAUGUCGGAGUAUAGGUUUCCGGUGCAUGAUCCUCGACCAUUAUUCAAUGGGACAGAUCAUGAGCUAACACUUUGUGUGAUCUACUAUAAUUACACAAAGAAGAAUGCUGAACAAGGAGCUGUGCUAACAGAGUCUGACCCCAUUACUGCUCCUCCACAAACUCCAAUAAACCAAAAUUUUGAUCAACCAUCAUAUACGUUGCACAUCCCCCAUAAUCCUAAUCCUAAUUAUGAUCAUAAUACUUCCCAUCAAGAAAAUCCAUCUUACUACCCUAAUUUUUUCCCCAGUGGUAUCCCUCUCCAACAAUACCAGCAUCUCAUAAAUAGGGCUGCAGCUACAAUCUUUGACAGGUGGCCAGUUGAAUAUCCUUCAUCGCAAAAUUAUACUGACGUUGCUACCACUUCAACCAUGCAGCCAAGUUUUGUGGAAAAUCUUGAUAUUUCUUCCUCCAUUGCUCAAAACUAUGAUUUUCAUGGAAUUGAUCCAUCCAUAUAUCACAAUUUUGAAAAUUCUUAUUAUGCGGGGGAAGAAGAAAUAGGUCAUAUUGCAAAUAGUAAUGCUGAUAUUGUUGACCAAAAUAAAUUGGAAACAUAUGCGGCCCCAAUUUCUCAAGAUGAUCAGAAACCAUUAAGUGAUGGCCAAGAUCAUAAUCAUCAGCAGCUAAAGAUGAAGAAGAUCAGAGUAUAA